CCCAGCCCACAGCAAGUCUUCGAGUUGGACACCUCAUCACUGGCCGCGCAGAAUGGAUUUCGUUUUCAAAGUGUUCUUCCUGCAGUUUCUCAUAUUCGGCUUGUUGGUGCCGAACGUGCGGCUGCAAAGCGGAGGCACAGAUUGCCGCGGCAAAGACUACCUGUGCCUGGACGAUGUCCGAUUUCAGCUUUGUGUAGACUAUGGUGAUGGUCGACCGACGACCGUCAACGAGGAGGUGCAACAGUGUCCUCAGGGCACGUUUUGCAGCAAUGCCGGGCAGUACGAGUGUGACUCGUUCGUGCCACCAUCGACCACUGCUGAGCCACACGUCAAUGUGGACGACAGUGCAACGGCACAGCCUGUACAGGAUGAGUCCGCUCCAGCUGAACCAACGGAGACCGUGGUGGUCGUCGAAGAAGCCACAUUGCCUCCGGUAGUGGAAGAAUCACCCGAGACACCUGCUGACGUCCCAACCACAGGCGAACCCGUCGACCAGGUGGAGGUUGAAAGCACGCCAGCCGCAGAAACACCGGCUGCCGAAGUGGACCAUUCUACGGAUGGUGCUGUGACGGAGGCACAAACUAACGAGGAAACACCGGAAGCAGAAACUGCAGCACCAUCGGAAGUGCCCGAAUUGCCGGAACAGUCGGAACAGACCGAAUCAGAACCGGUUGUGUCUGAGGUGGUCCCCGAGCAACCCACCGAGGAAUCUGCACCGGUGACGACUAGCGUAGCGCCUGAGGAAACGCACACGGAUGCUUCGGUUGACGAAGUGACGUCGCAAUCAAGCAACCCGGAAAGUGAACCCGAAGUCGAGGCCACAAAUGCACCGGUAGAGGAGGAGUCUUCUCCAUCAGCGGACGAACCCACGGAAGACGCACAGGAAUCGGUUCCUGAAGAAUCUGAGCCAGUGUCAACUCCAGCACAAGAGCCAACCGUUGAGGAAUCUUCGCAAUCAAGCGAUCCGGAAGCCGAACCAGAAGAACAGGUAGAAGAAACCACGGCACCCGCCGGUGCUCAGGAAGAUGUCCAAGAGGACGCACCGCAAGGACCCACGGAAGGCGCAGAAUCAGUCGUGACUGAAGGCAAUUCCCAUGUGACUGAUGGUGAGGAAAGCGUGCAGGAAUCUUCAUCUCCAGCUGUUGAAACUGUGCAGCCUGAGGAGGAACCCACCCCAGAGGACGGUGACGUCGAAAACGAGGUACCCUCAGAGACCUCAUCAACGGUCGUUGCCUCUCCGGAACCGGAAACUGAAGCCCCCGAAGGUGGCGCUUCCGAAACAACAUCUCAGCCGGAAUCUCAGCCAGAGUCGGAGGCAUCGAAAUCAACGCCCGAACCUGCCGAGGACUCGGAACCUGAACCAGUCUCGACCUCAGCUCCAGCACCCGCCGAACCAAAUGCCAGCGAAUCUGGAUCGGAUGAAGGAUCAGCCUCCUCGCAGGAUUCGACAGAACGACCAUCCGGUGAAUCUGGAGCCGAGUCAAACGAGGCAACUCCAACUCCACCACAGGCGCCAGGAUCAGGAUCAUUCCUGUGCCCAGCCGCGGGUCGAUACGCUCAUCCCACCGACUGUCACCGGUACUACGUGUGCUUCUGGCUUCCUUUUGGCCUAUUCAGCCUCGAGCAGAACUGUCUGGCUGGAUACGCCUACAACCCGACACUGGAGCGUUGUACCGCUGACCAGAGCGUUUGCUUCCCGGGAGAAUUCACAUGCAUGGGCCCUGGUCGCUUCCCGGAUCCGGCAGAUCCAACCCAGUACUUCUGGUGUGUGUGGAACAUGUUCGGUGGCUACCUGGAGUAUAAGAUGCAGUGUCCUGCCGGUCAGGUGUUCAACCCUUACCGAGGUCGGUGCGCGUUCGUAACCGUAGGCCGUUCAGCCCUUCCGUUUGACGACGAUCAGGACGAGCAGGACGUCGAGGAGUCAACCCAGACAGAGCUAGAGUCCGUUCAGACGACUGAACCCGCACUUCCGGUGGAGGAAACACCGAAACCUAAAGUAAAGUUCCAGUGCCUGGAGGAGGGCACCUUUGCCGAUCCGAACAACUGUGGCCGUUACUUCGUGUGUACGCUCAAAAAGCUGGACAAGUUUAAGAAGAGCAAGUUCAAGUGCGUCACCGGUGAGCGUUUCGAUCCGCUCAUGGCUAUGUGUGUCCCCGAUGUGGAAGCCCUCUGCGAAUAGUGCGGACGUCCCCCCAGACCGUUUGUUGAGUAGGAAUAAAGCAUUUAUCAGUAAUUUAUAACCCUGGCAA